AUGGGAGAAUCCAGAGUUGGCGCCUUGGCCCAAGUCAGAACGUUGAGCACGUUUUUGGGCGGCGGAGUGUGGCAAACGCUAUCCUUGGACCUGACUGCAUCCAGCUAUUUCUCGGAUUCGACACCAUCAUGCUCAGCUACUCUUUGUUUAUCGGAAACAUUAUGGAC